GCCGUUUUCUGACGGAUUACACUGUAACAUCUCAGUUGCCCAGUCACAUACAUUAUUCUCAACAUCAGAAGAACGACAGAUGCAAACCAUGAGAUGGCCUUCAGGGGUAAAGUGGCCGACACGAGGACAGUGCUUGUGCACCUGCUGCUGUGGCUCGUCAUAUUCUACUCUCUCCACUACAUGAUUGUGAGUGUGUGUUUCGGCGCGUUCAGGUUGGAUCACUUUGAUGGACUUAUUCCCUUUGACUUUAAGACUGAACCAACCAAUUUGGAGUCCAACUCCAAAUACCUGGUGAACCUGCUGUCCAUGGAGUUGACCUAUUUCUGCAGUGUUCUGCUGUUUGCAGCCGUGGUGAGGAGAUGGGUCUGGGACUACGCUCUCACAGUCACACUACUGCACGUACUGCUCACCAGCCUGGUGAUGUUGGAGUUUCCCUUGGUAUGGCAGUGGUGGCUGGCCCUUGGCAGCGGGUUGUUUCUGAUGAUCUGUAACGGUCAGCUGAUAGCUUACUUCACCUGCCAGAGUGACCAGAGUUACCCCACCUUCAACAGCUACUGAGUACACACACACACACACACACUGACUAGAGUUCUUUGCAGUGAGUCCGGUGGAAAUGGAGGGAAGCCAAAUGUUCCUGUUGACUUGGUUACCUGUUUGAUUGUUGCACUUUGUUUCUGUUGGACCGGCUUCCCAGACACCAAUUGAGCCAAGUGAUUCUCCACUGAGCAAGCUUUUGAGUCCAGGAAACAGCUUUUAUAUGUAAUAUCUGUAGUAUGUAAUAUCUGUAGUAUGUAAUAUCUGUGUUCUCUAUGAAUGUUAAU